AUGCAGAAGGCUACUCUCCAGAUCCUUCGCGAGCAGGAUGACGUGUGUAGCUCCUGCGUGCUCGCCCUCCUGAAAGACAACGCUGACUUCCAGAGCCUCUCCAAGAGCGAGGGCGAGGACAUCCUCAAGCGCGACAACGAGGAUGCCGAGAAACUGAGCGACGGCAUCCGCAUCGCCAUUCGCAAGGGCAUCUUGAGCGGGCAGCCGGAUGUGUCGCCAGUGACAAAACUGAACGUGGUCGGACUCAGUGCGCAGGAGGUGACAGACAAGAUCAUGGCAGCGCUCCCAUCCAAGAACGGCAAUGUCAUUGUUCUGCAGGGGCUGAGUGGCACCGGCAAAGGCACCACCGUGAGCAAGCUCAAGGAUGCGCUGCCUAAGUGCAUCACGUGGAGUAACGGCAACAUUUUCCGCAGCUACACGUAUCUGUGCAACGAGGUGCUGUCCGCCCAGGGAAAGGAGAUCACGAGGGAGAACUUGACUGAUGAACUCCUCUCCUUAGUCGAGAAGCGCAUCACGUUUCUAAAGUGCGAUGAUGGGAUUUUCCGCACGAUGCUCGACGGCACGACGCGCGUGGAGGAUGUGCAGAACACGUUGCUCAAGACCCCACUUAUCAACUCCAAGGUACCGACGGUAGCCCAGCAGACCCAGGGCGAAGUCAUCCGCUUCGGCACCGGCGCCGUCAAGCAACUCAGUGCUGACGGCUACAACGUAAUUCUCGAGGGUCGCUCACAGACGCUGGACUACAUUUCGACCCCCCUCCGCUUCGAGCUCGUCAUCCCGGAUGUUGCGGCUCUCGGCCAGCGCCGUGCAGCGCAGCGCGUCAUGGCCAAAGCGCUGGAGAUGGUGGCUAACGGCACCCCAGACGAGGAAAUCAGGAACGUUUUGCAAAAGGCGGUCGAGGCCCUGUAG